AAACCACGAAAACCAACCAGACGUGGGUCUCUUUUUCUCACAGCGCGUGAGUGUCACAGUGACGGCGCGCGCACUUGUCUGUGGUCACCACAACUCCACGGAGCGGAGGAAAGAUAACACUCGACUCGCCUUUGCCCUGACCAAACACGCUCAGAGUAGUGCAUUUUUGCAUAUUACUUUGUCCGGGUGAUAAAACGUGUGGAAUGAUUUGGUUUGGACGUUCAGAAAUGACAGCAUGCCUGUGGAGAAACCUACAACUCAGGUGCGUGGCGGAAACACGCUUGUACACAGCUAAAGUUAAGAAGUCUCAGUGAAGGUCUACCGGAGCUGCUUCAUUCAAUCUGGCAGCUGUAUACUUUAAGGCUUUCAAUGAAAGGCUGAAGUAAGCUGGACCUAAGGGACAUGCUGGUGAAUGGGUAAAUCAAGAUUUACAGAGGGGUGUCUCCAUUGACCCUACAGUCACCUCCUCAAAGUGACCCCCAAAGAAUCUCAAAAGCUGAUACCAGGUUAUUUCCUCACACCUAUUGCAGGAGCCAUUGAGUGGCGGAGUGAAGUCCCACUGAGCAAUUAUCGGGAGCACAACUAUGUGUGUCCCUGAGGAUGUCCUUUCACACCGGUUGAUGGCACCAUGUCUUCACUCGUCUACAUUGUUCUUGAGCUCCUGAUUGCAGUUUUAGCCGUGGCAGGGAACGUUCUGGUGUGCUGGGCCGUCUGCCUUAACAGUAACCUCCAGAGCAUCACCAACUUCUUCGUGGUGUCACUGGCUGUGGCGGACAUUGCUGUAGGACUCCUGGCCAUUCCGUUUGCCGUCACCAUCAGCACGGGCUUCUGCAGCCAUUUUCAUGGGUGCCUCUUCAUUGCCUGUUUCGUGCUGGUCCUCACACAGAGCUCCAUCUUCAGUUUGUUGGCCAUCGCCGUGGAUCGUUACAUCGCCAUCAAGAUCCCAUUGAGGUACAACAGCCUCGUCACAGGCCAAAGAGCCAAAGGCAUCAUUGCGGUAUGCUGGAUUCUUUCAGUGGUCAUCGGCUUGACCCCCAUGCUAGGCUGGAACAGACGGGUCAUCAUUGGAACCAACAGUACUUGUCCUCAAGGUAUGACAGAGUGCCUGUUCGAGAAGGUGGUCACUAUGGAUUACAUGGUUUACUUCAACUUUUUCGGUUGCGUCUUGAUUCCGCUUUUUGCCAUGCUGGCCAUCUAUGCAUGGAUCUUCAUGGCUGCCCGUCGCCAGCUCAGACAGAUGGAGCAGAAACUUGUACACUUGCAAGGCUACGCCCACAGGGAGGGAUCCUCUUCCCGGUCCAUGCUGCAAAGAGAAGUCCACGCAGCCAAAUCACUGGCAAUCAUCGUGGGCCUCUUUGCUGUUUGUUGGCUCCCUUUGCACAUCAUUAACUGCUUCACACUAUUCUGCCCACUGUGUGAUCGACCUCAGGCCUGGGUCAUGUACCUGGCCAUAAUCCUUUCACAUGCUAAUUCAGCAGUGAACCCGUUUAUAUACGCCUACCGAAUACGUGACUUCAGACACACCUUCCGAAGGAUCAUCCGACAGCACUUCCUGUGGCAUGAAAACAGACUGUCAAUUGGUAACAGAAACAGAGGCAUGGGUGCUUCUUCUGCUCCGAUUAGUGUGAUCGAGACUUCUUGUACAGUGUCCAAUGGCUAUGUAUUGGAUGCCAAUCCCAUUCCUGGCAUGGUUUCCUGUGACAAAUUUACAAAGCAAAUGCCAUCAAAAACCAGGCCUCAAACUGAAUUCCAAGACUUGGGAUACAGUUUAAAUGGAACUUUGGAAAAUUCCUUUCCCGCCAGUUCAACACAGGUUUUCUCAUUACAUACCAGGGAGGAAGUUCCCUCCAUCAGGGACCAUGUAGAAAUCAUGACUGUAAAAGACUGCAGUGCUAUUACUAAUUUACAUGUCAGAUGUCUGUUACCCAUAAGGACAAGCAACUCAUCCGAUCUUGCAGAAGUGUCAUGACACACACUUCCAUUAUGCUACAGGAGUUAUUCCUCUUAAAAUACCCGAAUGACGCUCGUUUCAUUCUUCAUGAAGUAAUCCCUGGUCUGAAUUGUUGUGCUAGUGAGGGUGACUUCACUUACAGUACUAUCAAGGGUUAGGAAAGAUAAAACUAUGUGAGGAUCACAUAACUCGUGUGGGAACCCGCACCAUACAAAUUCCAGGAAUUCCUACUUGUCUUUGCAGUCAAACACUCCUGAUGGUGUUUCCAGAUUUUCAGACUUCAUGAAGAACUUGUUCGCUGACAUUGUGUUUUCAAAACUUAUAUGUUUUCAAGGAGCUUUAUUAAAAGAGCAUUGUUUCCUGGUCAA